AUGUCGGAAGACAGGAACAAGAUCUCUCUGCGAAGCGGUCCCAAGAGGAAAGGACGACCGCAAAUCAGCGCACCCACGCAAAUCUCGGGGCCUAUUCCCAGCAAUGCUAUCGACAUCCCGCGCAGCUCUGGAGGCAAAUCCAUAGCUGCCAACGGUCCUCCUCCUCGGCCUCGACCAGCGCCCCCGGGAGGUGGUAAUACUGCUGACCUGGUGAAGCGACGCUAUUCAACCCGAUUCAACAACCUCCCUUCCGAUUUCGAUGCCAGUGCCCCGCCAGUUCCGGCCCUGCCCACCUUCGACUCGUCUAAGUAUGAGCAGCCACAAACAGAAAGACGGCCACCUCCUUCUAGAGGCGGAGGAGGUGGCAGCAGCACCGGGCCGCCAACUGUGGAUGUGAAGGCACUUCGAGAUCCGCGGUUCGUGGCAGACCAGUAUGUCGCCAACGUGCUAAGCGAGGCCACCGAGGACGAGAUCAGGGACUAUGAGGAUUCACUGCGGAAACUCAAGAGUCGGGCCUCCACCGACCUGCAGCAAAAUGUCUACCAGAACCGCACGCAGUUUAUCAAGAUCAGCAAGGAGGCAGAGAAGCUGAAGAGCGAGAUGCGCUCGCUGAGAAACCUCAUCACCGAACUCAAGGUGAACACGACCGCCCUUCGUUCUGCUUCGACAAACCAUACCUCUCCCCUCAACGCUGAAUUUUCCACCGGCUUGAGCAAGAGGGACAAGCGAAGCUCCGUGGCCGACAGAACAGCGUUAUGGAACUCCCAAAUGCAGGCAUUAUACAAGAACGUCGAGGGCUCCCAGAAGUUCUUGCCCAACUCUAUGGGUAGACACGUCGUUCAAAAUGCAGGAUUCUGGAUCGAACUGGACAAUGCGACAUACAAGUCCAGGCGAUCAAUGCAGAUUUUCCUGCUUAAUGACCAUCUGCUCAUCGCUUCCCGUAAGAAGAGGAAGAUGGAGCAACCCAACGACAAUCGAGCGCCCGUGACGAAGGUCGUUGCGGAUCGGUGUUGGCCGCUGCUUGACAUUGAGGUUGUGGAUAUGGGAACCAGUGAAUCUCUAAGCAGCAGAAACAAGCUUGCCGAUGCCAUCAUGGUUCGCGGGGUUGGACAGGAGUCUUUCAUCUAUCGGACGGAGAAGCCUGAGGAUUCCGAGAAGUCGACUUUGAUGCUCAACAUCAGGAAGGCCGUGGAGGAGUUGCGGAAGGGGCUCCAAUCUGAAAUGGAGGCGAACAACAAGGCCAAGGAAACCAUCAACUAUUUUGCAUCACGCGAUCCAGGGCUGCUCCAGAAAACUGAACUGCUAGAGACGUUGUCUGACAUCAAGGACAUGCUGAUCGAGGUGGACGGAAAGCAGCAGAACUUGCGUUGGGUCGAAGGUCAAAUGGAUGAGCUGGAUAUCGACAUUGCUCUCCAGCGCUUCGAAUUAGCCGUCGGCAAAGUUGAAAAGCUCAAGAGCCUUGCUCGCGGCCUGAAGAACAACGCCAUUGCGCAGGACUUCAUCAACUUCAAAGUGGAAGAGCGAAGCGCCAAGCUAGCUGGGCUGAUCACUCGAGACCUUGUGGACAACCAUUCACAGUCGCAGAAAACGAAGCGAAAUGUCGGCUGGCUGACCCGGCUUGGAUUUGAAGACCGGGCUCGAGAGGCCUACCUGGAGGCCAGGGGCGAUCUCGUCAAGAAGCGGUCCAGGCAGUGCAUUUUCCAAGGCGACCUCCAUCUGUACAUAUGGCAGCUCUCGUUUGCCUACUUCAGUAUCAUCCGGAAUACGGUCAACUGCUUCCAGAGCUGCUUCCCGCAAGCCAUGAUGAGCGCCUGUGUCAAGUGGGCCAAGGAGGAGGUAGACAGCUUCAAUGUCAUUCUGGCCCGGCAGCUGAGCAGCACGGAGAAGGGAGGCGACGUGUGGAAUGACUGCAUGGAUCGAGCGAAGGCGCAUGCUGAGAUGCUGACGGAGGUGCAACUAGACUUUAGGGAUCUCAUUGGGAGGGGAGUGCCAGAGGCUACGGCUACGAACGGUACUAGCAACGGGAGCGUGGGCUUGGGCUUGGCUUGA